UUUUGUCUGUCUUUGCACUCUCAUUAGUGGAUUGCCUGUGACACUGUGACACACAUCCCAGUCUGGUUCGAUGCUUACAGAAUUUUUUUUUCUUUUCUACAUUUGUGGAGAUUUUCAGAGAUGGCCAGGAUAUUUUAUUUUUAAUUUUUUCUCGACAACAUCAAUUUAUUUGUGUCCCCUGCUUUUACUUGCCUCCUCCACCCUCACCUUCCCACCUGCUUUCAAAGGCAAAUUUGAUUGGUAAUUUGUCGCUUGCUCACCUGCUACUUUGCUUUGAGAACCGGGUGAGAAAGGGCAAUCUGCCGGCGGCGAAGACCACGACUCCCAGCGCUCCCCGCGAUCGACUUCCUCUUCCGGUCUGGAGGCUGCUGAAACCGAAAGUGCUGUGUUUUGAGCGCAGCCGCCUAGGUUGAUUCACCUUCACCUGUGCGGAGCCCCAACUGACCCCAAUAGGAAGCCGGGUGACCAGUAAAACAUGAACGGAGGAGUGGAUUAUUUGGUCGCUGAGGAAGAGAUCAAUCUUACCAGAGGACCCUCGGAUGGGAUGAUCACAUUUGUCCAAAUGGGAUGCUUUUGAAAUUGAAGAGGGACUCUUAUAACUACACUGGGGCAACAGGGCUGGGCUUCAACAUCGUCGGUGGGACAGAUCAACAGUAUGUCUCCAAUGACAGUGGCAUCUACGUCAGUCGCAUCAAAGAGAAUGGGGCUGCGGCCCUGGAUGGGCGGCUCCAGGAGGGUGAUAAGAUCCUCUCGGUAAAUGGCCAAGACCUAAAGAACCUGCUGCACCAGGAUGCUGUAGACCUCUUUCGUAAUGCAGGCUAUGCUGUGUCCCUGAGAGUACAACACAGAUUACAGGUGCAGAAUGGACCUAUAGGACAUCGAGGUGAAGGGGACCCGAGUGGUAUUCCCAUAUUUAUGGUGCUGGUGCCAGUGUUUGCCCUCACCAUGGUAGCAGCCUGGGCCUUCAUGAGAUACCGGCAAUAACUCUGAAGAACUUGCUGUCUUUCAGUGUUCCCAAUGAAGAUACAUUUCUCCUCCCCUCCUCCCCUGCCAUUCUCCCAUAUCUUUUCCUCUCUGCAUAGCCAACACAUGAUUUUAAAUGACUGCUACCAACCCUGAACUUUGUUGUUCAAAAUCUUCAAAUCUUCAUAUUCUAUUGGAAAAGUAAAGGUAUUGUUUAAAGGAAAGCUGAAGAAAAAGCUUGCUUAGAACAAAUGAGGAGUUACAUAUUUUACUAAGACUUUCAAUAGAAAUUCAGCUACUACCCAAAGAGGGAAAGUUCCAGUCUUCCUGUUACCAUGGUGAUACCCUUUUUUUUAGUGGAUAUACCUUAAAGGCCAGCUGUGUGAUAUUAGAGGAAGAGAGGAUUUUUCUUUUUAAUAAUCUUUCUUGGAAAGUUUUUGUGGCCUUUAUUUAAUUUCUAACUACAUACCUAGUGCCUAUAUCAGAAAAAGGAGAAUGAGAAGAGCAUUUUUACUUUUUUUUAAAAAGCAAAUACAUACAUACACACAUACAUGGAUGAUGAUAGUAUAAUAGUGAUGCCUAUGGAGAAGUAAAGAGGUAAGAAAACUACUCAGUGAAGAUACUUGUGGGAGCAUGUAUAGUAGGAAUGAGGGAGUGAGCCUUAAAAGAGGACAUUCAAUCUGGGUCAUUUAAAAAAUAAUAAAGUGACUCAUUAAAAAUUAGAAAAACGGCAUUUCUUCUCAUAAUAGCAAUGGUGAGGUAAGUUGCCAUAAUCCAGCUCUGCUCGUGUCAAUCUAUCAAAAACCUUUGAGGGGUAAAGGUAAAUUUUACCAGUAUCAGGGCUGUGCUAGUGACUCUUUUGGUACCUCACAGUCCUGUUAAAGAAUCAGCUGGAACAAUUGUCAGGGCUAUGGUGAUGGGGCCAAAAUAACCCAGUGAGAAAAUUCCAAAAGAACAAAAGAUAGUACCUCCAAGGUAGCACCUGAACCCUCAGGCUAUCAACCAGUCUUCUUGGUUUCUAGUAACAGGCAAAGCUGAGAGAAGGAACCGCCUCUCUGGUAGGAUGGGCAUGAACUCAGCUCUGCUUCUGAUUUAGUUAAAAUGAGAGGGCCUGGAUUGGUAGUUUUUGAAGGUGCUAAACACUGGUUAUAGCUUUUAAUUAAUAAGUUGUUUUGCAUGAAAAGGGAGGAAAAAUGUUUUGUUUGCUUUAGGGGAGAGGAAAAUUUGGUGGGUGCUUCAUGGGGCCUAGAAGGAGGAUAUGGAUGAAUGGAUACUAGGGAAUACCAGCAACAUUGGUGAGGCGGGAAGUAUCUUGUUCAUGUUCAUUCAUUUAAGGUUGGUUUUAAGCACUAAGGAUAGCUGAACCAAGAGAAUUUUGUAGCUUUAAGAAAGUCAUUUUCGUUCUCUAAAUAUACUGGGCAUACGUAGGCCUUAUAUAAUUUUGACAGCAAGAUUAUGAGGACUUUCCAUCAGGCAAUGAAUUCUAUUCAAUUUUUAGCAUGGUUGCUCUAGUAACUAAACAAAUAUUGAUUGGACAUCAACUUUGUCAAAACAUUGUACAAACAAGUAAAAUUUAUAUCAUCCAUCCCAAAGGGCUUUUCGGUUCCAAUCAGAAGAGAAUGCUUAAAAAGGAAUUAGCCACACAAGCAGGACAAUGUAAGUUGGUGUCAAGUUUACAUUGCAGAAACCAAAAGAGAAAAAAAUUUCUGAGAAUUGGGGCAUUUGAGAAAGUUCCAUGGAGGAAGGAAACAAGUUAAGGACCCUUGAGAAGCUUCAGAGAAUUCAUAGUUCAGAGAAUUCAUAAAUAGGUGAAAAGUUAAAAGUAUUGUUAGAUUAAUAAUUGGAAAAAAAAUAAUAAAAGAAAUGGUACCAUGCAGAACACAUUGUAGUAACAAAGAAAAUAUGCAGCCAACCAUCAUAUUUUUUUAGGUAUUCAGAAGAAGAAAGCUUUCACAUAAUGGCAUCAGACCAGAUUGGAAAGAGAAGGCUUUUAAAAAUAAAAAGUCCAGUAAGACCAGGCUGCCUCUUGGUCAACUGUUGGUAUCUGGAGAAACUUGCUUUAAACAAUCCUGGCCUAACUCUUCUGCCUUUUAACCUGAACUGUUCAGUACCUUUGAGACUCACUUAGACAGCUGGACUCAUGGUAGGUUCCACGGAAAAACACUGACAGUAUUCCAGUUCUCAGUCCAACCAGCCACACUAUGGAGGCACAGCCUCUAGGGCCUGCUCUGUGGCUCAAGGUGCAGGCGCUUCCAUGGUGCGCGUGCUUACCUCCUAGGAUUCUUCUCAGGGUUUGGACAUUAACUCCUGAGAGGACUUUGAGACAUUCAAAGUGAAACAAAUGGCAAGCAGGAAAGAAAAGCUCUUUAGUUUUUGUUUGUAGGUAUAUGUAAAUAAAAAAAAACACUAACCCUAUCCCUUUGUUGGUAGAAGUUUUGCUUUGGUUGAGAAUAGGGGCUCUGAUGCACUUUAAUAAUUUAGAUUGUCUCAGAAAUCAAAUAGCAUUUAAAGAUCAAUAUAUUAAAGUUUUAGGCAGGUACACUAAUUAUAUUCUUCUGAUUUUUAUAGAAAACAAAUUAUCAUAGAUAUAGUAUUAGAAUCCAUUAUAGGUUGUCAAAAAAUUUAUGUUCUUUAUAGAUUGAAUCUAAUAUUCCUGCCACUUUAUAGAUUGUAAUAAUGUUUCUACUACCUAAAUAUUAUGUUCAAAGUUUUGAAAAUUGAAGAAAGGUAUUUUUAAAACCCUAUACUUUAAAACAUUUCUCUAUAUUUUUUAUUCUGUAUUGUAUAUAAUUCCAAUAAGAUAUUGUUUGCUUUGAUUGUCUCUAUUUUCUUUUCCUGCAAAGUUUUAACUUCUGUGUUAUUGAUUUAACUUAAUUGUGUCAUCUAGCCAUGUAUAAUGGAAAAAAGAAGUUAAUAUUUGUUACUGUGUUCUAUGUCAGGGACUGUACCAAACCUGAAUUGGUACACUAUUUGCUCAUGCCUCACAACUCUGAGAUUUAAGUAUUUUUAGAAAGAGACUAAAGAUGAGAGAAUAAAUUACUUCUUGUGAUUACAUAGGUGGUAAUAAUAGAAUCAGGACUUAAACUCAGGACUUCUGGUGCCGGGAUCAAUGGUACUUCUUCACUGGUAGUGGUUCUCAAAGCAAGAUCUCUGGACAAAAGCAGCAGCAUUACUGGGAACUUGUUAGAAAAGCAAGUUAUUGAACUUCAUCCCAGAAACUCUUGAGCAUGGCACCCAGAAAUCUGUGUUUUAAUAAUCCCCCCAAGUGACUCUCAUUCAUGCUAAAGUUUAAGAUUCACUGCUCUGUACCAAUAAUUAAUUGUCCCUCUUUCUCAGAUUAGAAUCACCCAGAGAGCUUGGAAAAGUCCUUAUGCCCAGGCUGCACCCCAAACCAAUUAAGUAGGAAUCUCGGGGGAUGGGACUGAGGCAGCAGUAAAGUUAAGUUCAUCAAGUGUUUCCAGUGUGCAACCUUAGUUGAAAACAUUCUAUGGCAUUUAAACCUAGCCACUAUAUUAAAUUAUUAAGUUAUAAACAGACAUUGCUCCAGCCAAAAUGAAAAACUUCACUUGGGCCUUUUCAGAGCCCAGCUCUCUGAGUUUCUGUCCUAAGUAAGAAGUGGAACAUUCUUUCACUCCUGAUUUGCUAAGUACUGAUGAGCCUACAGCAAAAUGUAUGAUUAGUGAAUGUUUCAGUUUGUACAUCUGUAAAAUUAGAAUCAAGUCAUAGAACAUUGACACUACUAAGGAACCAGAAAGAUUCUAGAAUGAAUUUGUCUUAGAGAUGAGAAAAUCAAGGCUUAGAGAGGUGAGUUAACUAUGAAAAGACUAGUCUGUUGCAGAGGUGAACUUUCUGUCUCAUAUUUAGGUCUUGAAUGUAUUUACUACAUAAACACAUACAAAACUAUCCUUUUUAUCUCAGUCCACUUCCAUCUUCUCUCUUUGGGCCUGAAUAAAGACCAGAAAACUGAUAGACUGCUAAAACGUAUUGCAAGCAUCAUUACUGGAAGAUUCCACAGAACAAUCUGAGAAAGAUAAAUGUAAUCCAAUCAGAUGAGUUCUGGGACUAAUUCUAAUAGUUUUAAACUAGGGACAUAUGUUUUUUGACAGUAAAUAAGUAAUUUUAAAAAUAUAUUUAAAGAAGUGAAGGAACAUAAGGAACUAUAAGGCUGUCAAGUAUAUGGGGAAGUAGAGUUCAUGUAGUUUCAUGUAGAGCCAAAGAUUUUAUUCUAAUCAAUUUUGGUGGAAAUUUAUCUUUGAACAGAGGAUUUUUUUCUCUUCGUUUAGCAAAUAGCUGAAGAUUGCUUACUGUGUGCUAGGUACUAAAGAUACAAAGAUAAAUAAGAUACACUCUAAACUGAAAUAGCUCAGCAUAUUAGAGUGGGGGGAUCUUUGUGGGUGCUCUUGAUGUUAAAAGUAUUUUUCUAACAUUACCUAGAAGAUUCAGUUAUAAAGCUCUCUACCUCUUACCUAUAAUAGGUUUAGGUUGGUUGCUAUCCUGGGUUAAGCCCUUUUAACUGUAAAUCUUUACAUCCAAAAGGGCAAUUAUGAUCAAAAGGAAGACAGUAUUAAGGAAUUCUACUCUGAUCAGAACCAGAUUCUUAACUGCCAUAGACUUUCAUGUGAUGUUGAUAUUUAUGUAUAGAAUACAAAGCACUUGAUCUGCUUACCUGAAGCACUUAAUGAUACUGUAUAAAAACCUAUAUUAUAAGAAGGCAUUGCUGCUUCUAAGGAAUCAAGUUAUAGCAAAUACUAGGUCUUGUUUCUAAAAGUUUUCCACAAUGUUCAUGUUCUUUUUCUUUUUGCAGGGGGAAAGGAAGGGUAGAGGGAUGUAUGUUUUCUAAAUGCAAGUCAAUUAUCAACCAACAGUCAUUUACAAAACAACUUCGUAUUUGCUGUAAUCAUUAAAUUUAUUGACUAAUCACAGGAAAAUGGGAUGAUCCUUUUUCCUAGUGUGUAGAUUUUCAAGUGGAGACACAGAAUUGAAUCCCAUUUUAAUCUUGUAUCUACAAUGCUGAUUGAAUAUGAAAUUUCUACUGGAUACAUGUGCAUUUUACCUCCAGGCUAUGUUCUUCUAAAAUUAUUUUCCUUAUGAAACUUACCUUGUUUUGCUGCCUUUCUACUUUGAUUCUAAUGUCACAUUACAUCUGUGGAUGUAAACAGCAGUCAGUUUCUCAGUACUAAUAGAGCCCUAUGAAGAGCAACUUGGAAGACAUGUGGACAUAAAACACUAGAGAAUAUAACUACAGAUUAAAUAUGUUAAUGAGCCAUCAAAAUCUAUGAUGAUCUCUUUUAAGCUUUGCUAUUUGAUACCAGAUAACAGCAAAUGAAAUAAUAGUGUACCUAACUGUGCCUAGCCAGUAUUGGCAUUCAAUAAAAACUUGUUGAAUUUGUCA